AUGGUGUCGUGUGGAUGGGUGCUGGAUAGGUCAGUUCCGGAGGAACUUCAUUUCAUCUCCGUCGUAGAUCCUCCACACAUCAUCACCGUCAUCUUCAUCUCCUCCUCCUCCUCUUCUUCUUCUUCUUCUUCUGCCCCCCAAAUGUAUGUUGCCGCCGCCGCCGCAGCAGCAGCAGCAACCGCAGUGGUUGCCCCGCUCCACCACUCCAAUCGCAAUCUCUUCUGCUCCGAAACCUCUAUCCCUCCUCCGCCCUUACCCUUGACCUCGCACCUCCUCGCCAGUAUUCGCCCCUUCCGAUGCCCCGCCCCCGCCCCGGCCAACUCUUACUACUACUACUAUUAUUAUGCCCGUCCUGUAAGGAGGAGCCCUUCGCGCUCUCUCAAAUUCCGCCCAUCCUUUUCUCCUGUCAUGCAGUGGCAAGACUGCACGGUGAAAAUGCAAGUGGAUGUGCCCACUUCGGUUGCUUAUAAAUGUUAUUCUGAUCGUGAAGCCAUUCCUCAAUGGAUGCCCUUCAUUUCAUCUGUAGAGAUUGUGGAGGGCCAACCCGACUUAUCUCGGUGGUUACUCAAAUACAAAGCAUUCGGACGAGAUAUAGAAUUCUCUUGGCUUGCACGGAAUAUGCAGCCAAUACCAAACCAGAAAAUCCACUGGAGAUCAAUGGAUGGUCUUCCCAACAGGGGAGCUGUGAGAUUCUUCCCGAAAGGUGCUUCUUCAUGCGUGGUAGAACUUACUGUAUCAUAUGAAGUACCUCAACUGCUGACUCCAGUGGCCUCUGCACUUCAACCUUUUCUGGAAAGCUUGCUAGCACGUGGACUGGAGAGGUUUGCUAGGUUUGCUAAAAGCUACUCAUCUGAAUCAAGAUGAUGAUGUGUGUGUAUGGUUGUCCGAGUGAUUUGAAUUUUUUCACCCAUUAUUUAACCUGUGAUGGAUGAUGCCUUGCAUGGAUGUGUAAGCUUAAGCGGAUUGGAGAAACACAAGCAUCAGCGAUAUGUAAUUCUCCAAAAUUAUGAAUAAUGAAAAGAAUUGAAAUGAGCGCCCGUGUAAACAAUGUACACUGUUCUUUUGGAAAUCCAUCGGGAACAAUGCUAGUUAAUUCA